CAACAGUCGUCAAUGUAAGCACUCACUGCUUGCAUGGACCAGCUACCAUACGCCGGCCUGUUAAAAUUUUCCUUGGAGCGAACCUUGGCUUGCGUAACUAGAGGUAAAUAAUUGUCACCGAUCAACAGUUACUAGAGCACAAUCUCCUGACCCUGGAUGAGUUUCCAUCACAAUGAAAAAGAAAUGACUGUGACAAUGAUGGUAGAAACCAUGACAGUCGUGAGCACCAUGCGUGAUCAUGAUCAGCUGUCAAGUGGGGGAAACAUGGCUUCAGACAUGACGACUUCAGUAGUGAUGGAAACCACAACGCAAGGAGACGGCCAAACCUUUCGCUUUGAAAACCCCGUCCAGAGGAUCAUAAUCGGCUGCAUCUACAGCCUCGUGGCGGUGGUCGGCUUCUCGGGGAACUUCAUGGUGAUUCUGGCGGUCAUUUUGUCCAGGAAGCUCCAGACGCGCACCAACGUCUUCGUCGUCAAUUUGGCUGUGGCAGACCUGCUGUUUUGCAGCACUGCUCCGUUCAUCACCUUGUCCCUUUUAAGUAUGAACGGCUGGCCCUUACCACUGAUUGUGUGCUCCAUCACGGCGGCUCUGUUUUACACCAGCCUGGCUUGUAGCGUCAUGAAUUUGGCUCUCAUUGCAAUCAAUCGCUUCAUUCUCAUCACGAAGACUUCUAAAACCUACCGGUCAGUUUACACUCCCAAGAAGAUUACAGCCAUGGUGGUCUUCUCCUGGGGUUACCCGGCUGUAGUCGCCUGUUUUCCUUUGCUUGGCAUUGGCAGGUGGGGUUAUUCAGAGAAGUACAAGACUUGUACCCAAGACACCUCCAGCAAAACCACUGGUCUUUUCAGUUUACUGGGCUCUGUCCUCAUGUAUCCUAUUCCACUGAUCAUUCUCUUGGUUUGCUAUUUCAAGAUCUACCGCCACGUCACCGGCCACAUGAAGAAGAUGGUAGGGAAGGGCAAAGGAACGGAAAUUGAAGAUACUCCAAAUUCCCCCAACACCCCUAGCACCACGCAGCUUAACAGGAACCCACCACCUAGCUUCAGUAAGCGGCAGGUGGAAAUCACCAAGAAUCUUUUCUACGUGGUCUGUGCCUUCGUUGCCUGCCUGGCUCCCUUUGCUAUCAACCUCAUGAUUCCAGCAAGCGAUCAUACCAUUCCCUGGACCUCCACUAUAAUCAUCUUCAAUGGUAUUGUUAACCCGAUCAUCUACGGGGCCAAGCACCCACACUUCAAGGAGGUGUUCCGUCACAUGUUGCGGUGCCGGUACCACAUGAUUCCAGAGCCCUCUGGCUGUCUGCGCAAGAUCAGAUCUAGAUAGAUGUCGUAAUUCUUAGAUGAAGGGUAAGACAAGCAGUAGCGUAACCGGGGUACAAUUUUUGAGGUGGCACUUUUGUGCACACAAGUUUUCAAGGGUCACCGAAAGCAAAUGGGGCUUGAACCUAGGUGAGGUACUUUCCAAAUGAGUGUGUGGGGAAGGAGUGAAGGCACACGGGGCAAGGACUUUCAUAGGGAGUAUAUAUGCCCCAGUAGUUACGCCACUGAAGACAUGUCAUGUACUUAAAAGCUGAGUCAACUUUUGAAUUUUAUCCCCAAACAACAACUUUCAAAGUAAGUUAAUGAUCUUUAAGAAUUAUAUUCAACAUGUACAAUAGUUUUUUUUUGCAGCAUUACAUGUAGUUCUUUUUUUCCUAAUCUUGUGUGUAAGAAAAAGGACAAACUUCUGUUUUGUCAUAUCUUUCUGUCAUCUGCUGAAAAAUUGUAACAUCUUUAUUAAUAUUAUCAUGUAGAUAAUGUUGAAGGGAUCUGGGGUUUCCCCGGUGAGAUAAUUACUUUUGAUGCGAAUAUGAACUCUGGCCUGCUGGUCUCUUGCACGAGAUCAAUGCGUAUGAGCGUCCCUUGCCGUGUAGAGACUUAAAUUAUCUCUUAGCCACGCCCUACUGCCGGAAGCUGCUUACAUUGUAUUACAUUUUGGCGGGGCCUGAGAAGUUUCUGGGCUUUUCUCAGUGAGACCUGCACCUUGUUGGGCUGGCAAUCACAGCAACAUGGCUCCUUGUGGGAUAACCUAAGCCCUAAAUUUCCGCUGGCUUUAGAGUUCAUACCAAUUUGUGCAAUCUUUUAGACAUCAGGGUAAGAGAAUUUAUGAUUGUACAGAGAAAUUUCGUAGUGUGAAUUUAUUAUGGACAUAACUAGCGAAUGUAACGUUUAUUACGAUGUACAUGUAAGCCAUUACUCAUUAAUAGUAUGUCCUCUGUCUUUCUUUAGGUUUUUUUCUUGGCUUCUUUUUGGUUACAAUUUCAUUGCUGAUUGACACUUGGGAAUAA